AUAAAGUCCCACAGUCCCACGACAGUCAGUCACUCAAGCGUUAGUCCAUACUGAUCAUUACUCAAGGGUACUUCUGGUUGAUCAUGUCUCCUCGGUAUCUGGUCACCACCAUCCUGGUCUGCUGUUUUGCUCUGACUGUGCUCUCUGCCAGGCCACCUCGUCCUAAGAAGUCGGCCUGCUGCGUGAAGUACACUAAGCGUCCGAUCAGCAUCACCACCAUCAAAGGUGUCACCAUCCAGGACUCUCGUGGGCCAUGCCGCCUCAAUGCUGUGAUAUUUCACACCACCAACACCCCAGAUGUUUGUGCCACUGUACAGCACAAAUGGGUGAAAAAGACUCUUGAGCAACUUAGUGCUCGGUUCAAGGCACUCUCUAAGACCCUGAAGAAAUACAACAUGUUGGAUAAAAAGCCUGUGAAGCCUGCACACUCCACACAGUCGGAUGCAGAAGGCUCCACAGAGCCAUACGAAGCCUUACAGUAGCAGAAGAUUGUUUCCCCUCAUAAAGCUUUAAGAGCCGCUCUUCAAUAGUCUGUUUUAUUUUAGUCUUAAGUGUGACCUAAAUGUGUUAGUGUUUACUAAAUUACCUGAGCUAUAGGUAAUUCUAGAGUUAUUAAAGCUAUUUCUCUUGCACACAAUUGUUCUGCUGAUUAAAUGUCUUAUAAUAAAGCAAAGCUAAAUGACAACUGA